AUGCAUCGCUAUAAGCAACAGUACACGACAAGAAUUGGCAACAAGCUUCUGAUGUUUGCUAUUCUGGCUUCAACGAAGAAUGCAGGUGUCCGCGGGUGUGCCUCCUUUGUGUGCUUUGGUCGCACUGCCGCAGGACUUGAGAGCCCGUCCCCUCUGAAAGUGGGCCCUAGCCAACAACAAGAAGUCUUGCCCAAUCCCCUUGUUUUUGAUGAGAGUAAGGAUGAAACCAAUUCAGCUGAUCUUGUUGUUGAUGAUGACAAGAAUAGAAAGAUUAAUCUCAAGAGUAGCUUAAAGAAACCAUUGAAUGACAUUCAACCUUCCACUACUUGUGGUGGUGGUGGUGAACAUGAAGAAUCAUCUGAAAAGCAUAAAACAGUUGAUAGUCAAAUGGAAAGGAGGAAAGUGCAGUGGACAGACACAUCUGGAGGGGAACUUUACGAGAUCCAGGAAUUUGAGAUGAGGUGA